GGUAGAUGCAACCCAUCUUAAAAGUGUUGGCUACCCGACUACCACAUAAAAGAAAAAGCCCUGCCAUUCUGAUUCUGUUGCCCCCCAUUCCAUGCUGUCUCUCUUCGUCAUUAUUCCUUCCUUCCUUACUUUUCUUUCCAUAACAAUGGCGGCUAUCUUCUUCCCCUCCAUUUGAGACUACUUUCCUCUCGUACCUUCAUAAUCUUCCCAUUUACAAUGUCUUCUCUCUCUUCUCUUUUGCUUUGUAUAUUAUACUGAAAAUCGUCUCACAGCGCUAGAUUUCAAAAGAAGAGCAAGACGAUGUACUGAUCAUUUUAUUUACAAAUGUCUCGUUCAUCUCAACUUCCUCCUCGCUGCCCAUUGCAAAAGAAAGUUGGUGUUCAACAAAGUCUUGAACCUAGCUUGAUUGAUUCACGAGGAAUACACAAGUUGAUUAAUAGACAUCAUAGGUCAUUAUCACAAAGUUCGUUAUUUGAAGAGCAGCCAGCAUGGCUUGAUGAUUUACUGAGUGACUCAAAAUCAACUCCCAAAGGGAUCCAUCACUCUCGGUCAGCUAGUGACUCAGUUUCUUUGUUUGAUGGUUUUGUUCCAAACAUACUCUCUGUAAAUAAUAACGAAGGGUAUGGUAACUUAUUGGAGUCUGGUUGUAUAUAUGGCCCUAACUCCCCUCGUCAAAGAUCCAAUGUUGACUUUUUGGAUGCCCAUGCUCUUUUGGCUUUGUCUGAUUCUGUUGGGCAGAGUCCAGCGCAGUUAGUUGAAGAGAUUCCUCGUAGUUGUGGGACUAGGCAUUUUGACUUAGAGGAAGAUUAUCGUGAUGCAUCCAAUGACCUCUACAUUGAAGCAAAGACAGGAAAGAGGCACCCAGGACAACGUUCCAGAACUAGAAAGCUUCAAUACAUUGCUGAACUAGAAAGAACUGUAAAUGGUUUUCAGACAUUUGAAUCAGAAUUAGCAGUUAGAGUUGCUACUUUGCGUCAGCAAAAAGUUGUUUUGUCUCUGGAGAAUAACAAGUUAAAGAAGGAGAUGGCUAGACUACAGCAACAAAAGCUGAUAAUAGAUGGAGAAUAUCAGAACCUGAGGAAGGAAGCUGAGCGGCUUAAACUGGGUUUGGUAAAUUAUCCAAGGACCACUAGUCAAAGACAUGUUGGUUCAAAUGAUUCGGAUCUGACAGAAAUGUUAUGGCAGACUUUGGAUUGGAAAAAACUUCAUUUGUGAAGCUCGUCUCUGAAAGCUAAUUUGGUGAUCCCUUUCAUAUUCUGCUCAUUUUUCUUUGAUCGAAUAUUUGUGAUCAAAAGAAAAUGGAUUUACUUCCCACUGCUCCUUAAUCAUUAUGGACUUGUGUGAUUUACUUCCAAAUGUAUUUCCCUUACCAAAAAUUGAAUGAAAGAGGAAUAAGCUUCCUGGAUAAAA